AUGCAGUUACAAGAGGUGAAGAUGCUUGCGAACAUAGAUCCUAAUCUUUUCCUUCAUCUGUUUACACCAGUUAUAAUAUUUACAGCUGCAUUUGACAUGGACUGUUAUAUAUUUCGAAAAUCAUUUUGGCAGGUGUUGGUCCUGGCAAUUCCUGGAUUUUUGAUGAAUUGUGCUUUCAUUGGAGUAUUAACUUAUAAAAUCAAUAGGUAUGGCUGGAACUGGGAUACUAGCAUGUUGUUUGGAAUAAUACUUAGUACAACAGACCCUAUCCUUUCUGUGGCUUCUGUAAAAAACAUAGGGCUUUCCAAAAUAGUUAUCAGCAUAAUUACAGCAGAGUCUUUGUGUAACGAUGCUACCACAUCAAUUCUUUUUGAACUGUAUAUUGACCUUGUAAAGAAACUCCAUAAAGAGAUAGCUACUGAAAUUUUUGUAAAAUUAACUUUAAAAUUUUUUGCAAGUGUUAUAUUUGGAUUUUUGUCAUCAAGAGUUAUGUUGUUUUGGUUGAAACACAUAUUCAAUGAUGCAAUCGUUGAAGUGAUUUUAAGCUUCUCAAUGGCAUACAUAAUUUUCUUCCUUGCUGAAUGGGUUGGAAUGUCUGGAGUUAUUUCUGUUGGUAUUUUGGGUCUUCUUUUAGAUCCUGUAAGCUUUAGUCCAGGAACGGAUAUACUUCUUUAUAAGUUCUGGUCAAUGAUGACAUUUUUGGCUCACAUUAUGAUAUACCUUAUCACAGGAUUUGUGAUAGCUCAAAAAACAUUUCCACAUGUUAAUAUCCAUAUUUUAUUUCACAUUUCAACAGUCUACCUUACAAUAAAUCUUGCACGGGCUUUAGUUAUUUUUGCACUGAGCCCUUUUUUGAGUCGUCUUGGCUAUGGAUUUAAUUGGCGUUGGGGAGCUGUUAUUAUUUGGAGUGGAAUGAGGGGCACAUUUACUUUAAAUAUGGCUCUUGCAAUUGCUCGAACAGAAGGUCUAGAUAAACAACAGUGGAAGGACAUGGUAUUAUUGCAUACAGGAACAACAGCUUUAUUAACAUUGAUGAUUAAUUCUACCACUGUGAAAAAGUUAGCUGUGAAUUUAGGCCUUUGUGAUAUUACUCCUGCAAAGCGCAUGGCUAUGGAUAAUACUGUUAACCGUAUCAAACAAAUGAUGACAAACAAAUUUUUAUUGUUGAAACUUGACAAAUAUUUGGCUGAUGCAAAUUGGGCAAUGGCUGAAGAAGCAAUUAGAAUUGAUUAUCCUUAUGAAGUAUCUAAAGAAGUUUCCCAGAUGACUGGAACACUUAGAUGUCCGGACUGUGAUCAUGUUAUUUCAACGGAGAGAAGUCCUCAACAAAUUGCUGACAUAAUGGAAGAAACCAGGAUGCGUCUCUUAAAUGCUCAAAUAGCCAGUUAUCAGAAGCAAUACAACACUGGGAUCCUUAAUCAAGAAGCUGCACAAACAUUGAUCAGUGCAGCAGAAAACUAUAUUGAUGUCCAAGGGAAGUUUAUGAAUAUUCAGGAAGUGAAGACAUACUGGGAAAGCAAAGGAAUACUAGUAACAAUUAAAAACUGGCUAAUGGAUUGGUCAUAUAAUGUAAAAGAAGAAAAAUCUAAGCCAUCAAGAAACAAGAUUCUGAAGAUGUGCCAUCACACAGUGUUCAUGGAUGAAUUUGAAAGUACAAGUGCUGUUAUAACAUUACUGAACAUCACGCCUAUACUUUUUCAUUUUAUACCAGAAAUAAGUUCAGAAUUUCCUGAACAACUCAAGAUAUGUAACUACUAUUUUCUGAGUUUAUAUAUUAUCGAAGCAACAUUGAAGGCUUCAGCAAUGGGGAGGACAUACCUCUAUCAUCACUGGAAUCAGUUCGACCUUUUAAUCGUAAUAGUGGGAAUUAUAGAUGUCAUCGUUGUGAAUGUCCUUAAGCAAGUUAAUGCACCAUAUUACAUGCUAAAAAUCAUCAAUGUAUUCCGAAUUUUUCGUCUUCUAAGAAUUCUACGACUCUUGAAGAUUGUGAUACCCAAAGUGAUUUCCUUACUUGAUAAACAAAUAAACAAACAGCUCACUUUUCGGUAUGAUAUUGCUAAAGGAUAUGUUCAAGGUGAAGAAGAUAUAAGCUGUUUAAUUGAACAGAUAGCUGGCCAUGAAAGAGUUUACAGGGAUUUAAAAAAAAUAUUUGAUAAGAACAAACAGGAAGCCAUGAAGGAGUUAGGACUAAUGCAACGUGAGUAUCCAGAAAUUGUCACUGCUGUGAAAACUAAACAAGCAGUCCAAACAGUGCUAAACACAGCUUUUGAAACUCUUAAAUUCAUGGAAUCGGGAGGAAUUGUCAAUAAAUAUGAAGGAAGAGAACUGCAUCAGAUGAUCCUAUUAAAACAAAAACAGCUUGAAACGCUUCCACCUAUGAUUGCACCACCUACUGCAGAAGACCUUUUGGGUAAUGUUAUGUGGUUAAAAAAUGACAAAGAGCGCAUACACUUUAUUCAGCGAAAAGCAAGAAUUAUAUGUUAUGACUAUGGAGAUAUCAUAUGUGAAGAAGGUGAACUUCCACGUGGCAUUCAUUUAAUUACAUCAGGAGUGACAAAGCUUUUUGGUUCUGCUCCUUGUUAUGGAGUUGAAAAAGAAUUGUAUGAACAAAGACAUCCUACAGGACUUCCCUAUACAGAUUACUUAGUCACUGGGGCAAUAAUAGGAGAGCUAAACUGCCUAACUAAGCAAGAAAUGGAAUAUACGGUUACUUGUGAAACUGCUGUCCAGACAUGUUUUAUCUCUAUAGAGGAUUUGUUUGAAUCUUUUGAUAAAUUUUUGGAAUAUCCAUCUUUAGAAUAUAACAUAUGGCUGAAACUUUCUCUUGAUGUUGCUCUCAAAACUUUCAAGGAAAACCUUCCUUAUGAGGACUGGUUGUAUAAGAUGUGUGGGCAUCUUUCUAACAUGUAUGUGCUAGAUGUUCCCAAUCACACCAAACAUGACAUUUAUGAUGGAACUAUGGAAUAUGUCAUUCUUGUACAUGGAACAGUCCAAGACUGUCAGCUACUACAGCUUUUCUGUGCACCCUGCAUUUUACCUAAAACCUGCCACCAGGUACAGGGUACUGCAGCAACAUCAAAACUGUUUAUUUUACGAACAAUAGAACCUAUGAAGAGGAAGGACACUGGAAAAUUCAGCAGCAUUUGCCAAAUUCAUACAGGUGCUCGGAGGCAGGACAACGACUCUGAUGAUGAGUCUGAUAUUGCAUCAGAACCUUCUCCAGAGUUCUUAACAGAAGACUCUGCUGUGUCCCCGAUAUUCGAAGUCCUCCAUUCUGAAAUUUCUGGGCUGGUAGUUUUCCUGAUCAUGCAAGUCAUGUUGGAUGUCACCAAGGACGUGUGGUCCAGACCAGCCUCUACUCUGGCAACAUCCAAGAAACUGGACAACAUGUACAAGAUGAGACAGGAAGGGUCAGGCUCCCCUUUCACUCAACCUCCAGCGAACACCAUUGCGACCAAGGCCCUUCAAAAGAGCAUGGGCCAUUCGGCUUCAAUAGACGAGGGCAGGUGUCAAGAUGAUGGCAGCAUCUUGCCAUACCCAUAUCUGGGCGGGCGGGGGGGGGAGCUGGAGGUUGUACUGUUAUGUUUAGCUGUUGCAGCUGUGGUAUUCACCUCUCCCAGGAUGUGA